AGGGGUGUCUGCCGGUCUCUGAGACCUCUGUACCCGGGCCAUGACUUCCAGACAGAAAACCCUCUUCCAGUCCUGGGGGGCCAGCCUGCCCCCCCCAGCCACAGCCAGAGCUCCCAGGGACCCCAAGAGGGGCAGGGGGACCAGCUCUAACAGGGGGCGUCACAGGCCACAGAGACAGAUCCCCAGCCUGUUCAGACCCCCUCCUCCAGGCCAGCUAGAGGAUGAAGAGGACGAUGAUGUGCUGCUGGUGGAGGCCUGUGAGGUUGAGGAGAGCUUUAAUAAAACUGCUAUUAAAGAAACUGGGUGUCCAGACCACCAGGACCAACAGCAGAGCAGCCCAGCCCAGGCCCCAGGUGAGAAUACCCACCAUGGUUUGAAAGGACAGCUACAUAAUACCACUGAAAUAAGGCUGCCUGAGGGUAAUGGGCAGGAACUUUCCACAUCUCAAAUCCAAAACUUGCCAGGAUUUGACUUGUCAGCAGGCGCUCUAUGGAUUUAUCCAACCAAUUAUCCAGUGCGAGACUAUCAGUUCAAUAUCUCACAGGUGUCCUUACUGCACAACACCUUGGUCUGCCUACCCACCGGUCUGGGCAAAACCUUCAUUGCUGCUGUGGUUAUGUAUAACUUCUAUCGCUGGUAUCCUUCAGGGAAGAUUGUCUUCAUGGCUCCUACGAAACCCUUGGUGGCCCAGCAGAUUGAAGCCUGUUUCAAGAUUAUGGGAAUACCACAAGAGCACAUGGCUGAGAUGACCGGAAACAUUCAAGCUCAGAAACGUAAAGAAAUCUGGCAGAAGUGUAGAGCUUUUUUCCUUACGCCACAAAUCAUGGUGAACGAUCUCAUGCGUGGAACCUGUCCUGCUACUGAAAUAAAGUGUCUCGUUAUUGAUGAGGCUCAUAAGGCACUUGGAAAUCAUGCAUAUUGUCAAGUUGUCAGAGCAUUACUUGGUUACACACAGCAAUUCCGGAUCUUGGCUCUUACCGCCACACCAGGAAGUGACACUAAGUCAGUGCAGCAAGUGGUGUCUAACCUGCUGAUUGCGCAGAUAGAGCUGCGGUCUGAGGAUUCUCCUGACAUUCAGGCGUAUUCUCACAAUAGGCAGCUGGAGAAGUUUGUGGUGCCACUAGGAGAGGAGCUGAAAGUCUUGCAAACAUGCUACUUAAAGGUUCUAGAGGUGUUUGCCAGGCGACUGAUUCAAAAUGGCGUAUUGUCCAGGAGGGAGAUUCCUAAUUUAACAAAAUACCAGGUUAUUCUUUCUCGAGAACAGUUCAGAAAGAACCCGCCACCUAACAUCAUGGGAGCCCAGCUGGGAGUGAUUGAAGGAGACUUUGCUCUCUGUAUAAGUUUAUAUCAUGGCUACGAGCUUCUCCUGCAGAUGGGAGCACGAUCCUUAUACCACUAUCUUAAUUCCAUUAUGGAUGGCUCAAAAGGAAUGAUGCGCACACGCAAUGAGCUCACCCGGAAUUGCGACUUCAUGGGGCUGUACGAGCAGCUGGAGAACCUAUAUUCUGAUUCCAGCGCCUCAGCUCCAGGGUCAGAUGUAAAAAAGCCAUUUAUUUACAGCCACCCGAAGUUAAAAAAGUUAGAGGAAGUUGUUGUUCAGCAUUUUAAAUCUUGGGGCGAUCGUCAUGCUCCGAACACUUCCAAGCAAACACACGAAGAUACUCGCAUUAUGAUUUUCUCCUCAUUCCGUGAUAGUGUCCAGGAGAUUGCCAAAAUGUUAGACCAACAUCACCCAACGGUUCGUGUUAUGACUUUUGUUGGACACUCAAGCAGUGGAAAAAACAUUAAGGGCUUCACACAGAAAGAACAGCUUGAGGUUGUAAAGCGGUUUCGUGAAGGAGGAUAUAAUACUCUAGUCUCUACAUGUGUAGGAGAAGAAGGACUUGACAUUGGUGAAGUGGAUUUGAUCAUUUGUUUUGAUGCCCAAAAGAGUCCAAUACGUCUUGUUCAGAGAAUGGGCCGAACAGGGAGAAAACGCCAAGGCCGAAUUGUUGUCAUUCUGAGUCAAGGACGGGAGGAGAGGACGUAUAACCAAAGUCAGAGCAACAAGAAGAGCAUCGACAAAGCAGUAUUGGGGAAUAACAAAGUGUUUCAGCUCUGUUCUCAGAGCCCUCGCAUGGUUCCUGAAGGUUUAAACCCCAAGGUGCACAAGAUGUUCAUCACACAGGGAACAUAUGAAAACAAAGACAGCGCCCCACCUCUCUCCAAAGCCAAACUUUCAAGCCUCGGACACCACAGAUUAUCUCUGUUCGAUCAGAACGAUUCCCUAAAAGAAGGCUGGCCUUUGACACACAGAGAAUAUGAGACCUGGAACAGUUUAUACCGAUUAAAUGAAUCUGACGGAAUUACGGAUGUUUUGCUACCAAGAUCUAGAUUUGAAUCCUUCAAAGCAGCUGAAGAGACGCCAGAGGAGCCUGAUCCCCCACGUGGAAAUGUCCGCAAGCUCUCCCUUACCGAAUGGCGGUUAUGGCAGAACCAGUCCCUUCCCACAGAGUUCGUAGAUCACUCAGACAGAUGCAAACAUUUCACUGCAACCAUGGAAAUGAUUGAGUUGAUGAGACUUGAAGAGGGUGUGUGCAGUUAUGAUUUGGAAAUGAAGUCUUACUUGCACAAGGAAGAUGUUGGGAUGAAGAAAGUGCCAGCCAAGACCCACCUCACCCACUCCUCCACGAAUAGACCAAAACAUCUAGUACCUUCUACAACAACUUUGAGGGACGCCCCACAUUCAUCAGUUGAGACAGAGUCAGAUUUUAAAUGCAGCGUAAAGUCAACAUCUACUAGUCUGAAGCCCAUCUCAAGAUCCCAUUUGUCUGAGGAUUUGGAAUGUGCUGUUGCUUUAAGUCCAGAUCCUGCCGACUCAGAGUCUCCACCUUGUAUUUUGGAAGGACCACUCAUGCCAUCUGAAUUUCCAGCAUUAGACCCUUUUAAUGGAGAAGGCAUUGACGCACCGCUCUCCAGACCUAAGACCAGUUCUGUAUCUGAUAUAAACAGCAAAUUGUCAACUUGCACAGAAGAUGUGCAGUCCAAAUCACAUACGUUUGACUCUGGCUCUCAGUGUUUUAAUGACCAUUCAUCUGCAUUUUCAAGUAUGUCCUAUGGUCCUCCGACACCUUCUAAUGAUUUUGUGUUUACAGAAUUUCUUGCUGAUCGGCAACAUGAGUGCCAGGAUAUUUUAACACGAACAAAACAUUUUUUAUCCUGUUCUCCCCCGCCUUUAAGUAGUCUUGAUGACUUUGAUGUAGCAGAAUUUACUAGUGCUGCACAAAGUACUUUUCCUGAUUUGAAAAGAGAGCAUCUUGAAUCACUUACACCUAUAAAGGUCACCACUGAUCUUCCAAAAUUAAAGAAUAACCCUGACCAAUCCAUGCAGGAUUAUUUAAGUGAUGUAAUAUCUUCUGAUAUUGCAGAGGAAAUUCAUAGAAAUCUGGUUGUGUUAACACCAGAGUUUGAAAAGCCUUUGUGUGAAAGUAAAAUAGUUUCAGCUUACUGUGAAGACAUGCCCAAUCAAGAGACUUGUUUUAAACCUAUUAUCUCGAAAGAACCUGAAGAUGAUGAAAAUGACCCAGAAUGGGAUAACCUCUUUGAAUGUGACAAUGAGCAGUUGGAUUUCUCCCCUAAAUCUACACUUUCUCCAUCUCUGUCUGUGGAUCAUCUGCUGGAAGAUGAUGCAGCUUCUCCAACCGGCGUCACUUUGCCUGACCACCAAGACAUCAGCUCUGAGCUGUUUGAAGAUGAUCCUUUUUGUGACAUUGUCCAAGAGAAUUCAAACAGUGGACAGGGGAAAACCAUAGAAACUACGAGUGUGACUUUUAACCUGUUUGAUCCAUCAAUUUUUGAGGAUGGGUCUGAACAAGAUAGUGAUACCAAUGAGAUCUCGUCCUCAGCAUAUGACUGUUCUGAAGAGAUGUUUUCUGUUAAUUUUGAUCUUGGAUUCUCCGUUGACGAUAGCAGUUUAGAAAGUGAAGCGUCUUCGAAACAUGGAUCAGAUGCGGAUUGCAAGAAUGACUUGCCUCACACUCCACUCCAGGAGAGCACAACGAAUGUUAUAGAAGAUCUUGGAUUCUCAGUUGACUAUAGCCUUUCAGAAUGUGAAGCGUCUCCAAAACGUGGAUCAGAUGCUGAUUGCAAGAACAACAUGUCUCACACUCCCCCCAAGGAGAGCAGGACGGAUGUUGUAGAAGUAGGAAGCGGUUCCGAAAGCGAAGACUCCGUGGUUUUCAGAAGAAAAAGAAAAUUAACCAAAAUCAAUGUGCUCAAGUCCCCAGAGAUUGGCAGCAGUGACUGUGAUUUUGAUUCACCAAUUCCCGUGGUGAAGAAACGAAAACGCGUCUUUAGAACUGGCUGUGCAAGAGAAUUUUUUGAUGACCAGGCAGAGCUGUCCUCCGGAGGAGAAUCUGUUUCCUCUGAUGAAAAUGACGCAUCUGAAAACGAACAAGAUACAUCCAUUGUAGACUUUCUGAAUGACAACACUCUGACACAAGAUCCUGAGAUGCAUGCAAUAUAUCUAAAGUCUUUACGUAGCCCAGCUCUGGGAAACCGGUUUAAAAUGGUGGGCAGAAAGAAAACGAAUAUGGCUAUUUUCUCCCAGGUCCCAGAGCAGGAUGAGAGCUACAUGGAAGACAGUUUCUUCGUUGCGGAUGACCAGGAGCAAAAAGAAGAGGAGAGCUUGAGUGAGGAAGAAGUGGAGGCUGAUUUGGAUCUUCUCCAGCAGGAUAGCUUUGUUGAUGGGAGAAAACAAUACCGCACCAGGCGCAGAGUAAACCUCAAGAGCGGCCAGUCAAGACAAAAUAUCGAGAAACCGCCUGUAAAAAAGAGAACUAGAAUCAUUCUUCAUGAUUCUAGCGAGGAAGAAACUGGACAAACCCCCAGAAAGCUAGCCACCUCCACCCCUCUAGGAGCAGGGAACUUUUUAGUUCCUACCAAGCUCCCAUUAGGCUGUUCCUUCUCUGAAAACAGUUUUAAUACUCCAUUGAAGGAUGCAAUCAAAGUGCCUCUGAGGGACAGAUGCCAAGUGCGGAUUAAUCUCAAAGCUGCAACGUCAGAAGAAUUGGACUUUUCUACAACUUCACUCAGCUGCAUGAAAGUUGGGACAUCCAAUGAUAAAACAGACUCUGCGUGUAAACCUUCCAGUUCCUCAGCCAGGAUGAAUCUCUGCCAUGGAUCCACCACAAGUUCUCAAGUCCCAGUCAUCCUUGCAGACAGCCGGGAAAUCUCUUCUGGAUCAGAGGUCAUCUCCUGCCUGAAAACCGCACAUGGAGUGAACGUGGAGGUUUGCUCACUUAGGGGCUGUGACUACAUUGUGAGCAACCGCUUAGCGGUGGAGAGGAAGUUCCAGUCCGAGUUCUCAAACAGUGCUAAUAGGAGCAAGCUGGUGGAGCGCGUGAAGCACUUGCAGAAUCUGUUUGAGAGAGUUUGUCUGAUUUUGGAAAAGGAUCGAGUCAAACCAGGAGAAACAACGCGGCCAUUUCAAAGAACAAAGUAUUACGACAGUACAUUGUCGGCACUCAUCGAUGUCGGGGUGCAAAUCCUCUUCAGUUCGAGCCAGGAAGAAACCGCUGGUCUGCUAAAGGAACUGGUAUUGCUGGAGCAGAGGAAGCACGCAGCUAUAACCGUGCCAACACAAGUGACCGGACACAAGCAGGAUGAGCUCCGUUUCUAUCUGUCCAUCCCCAACGUGAGCUAUGUCACGGCCCUAAAUAUGUGCCAUCACUGUGCUUCCGUGAAACAGAUCUUGAACAGCUCAUUGGCUGAGAUUGCGAAGUGUGGUGAAAUAAGUGAUAAAAAAGCAGAAGAAAUUUACCGAUACCUCCGUAACCCAUCUGACUGAGAAAUGGUGGCAACCAAUCAGGAAAUUAUAAAAAGAACCGGAUGUUAAGUGGAUUUAUUUUAUUUAUUUAAAGCCUGUUAAUAGAUUUGUAUAUUUCUGUGUAGAUAUUUCUAUAUUUAGCUCCAUCGGCAGAAUAUAGGUUUACACCUCCAUUAAGCAGUAUAGAUGGGGUGUGCCAAAGAUCACUGCAAAUGUGGCAUUUCUUUUCUUUUUAAAUGUAAAUAAUUAUUAUGUCAAAUAAAUACAUUUGCAAUUUUCUAAAAUUA